UUAUAUUAUCUUAUCUUCACACUUCACUUUACUUAUAUUAUUAUCAAAUAUUAAUUUUACUUAUUCAUUUGAGUUGUCUUCACUCGUCAAUCAUCACGCGAAGGCCGAAAAGGCGAAACUGUAUAGGGUAUUAGGGUUUGUUCAUUUGAGUUGUCUUUUCUUCUCUCCAGUCUCCAGCCUUCGCCGCGCCUUUCACAGUCACAGCUCCAGUGUUCCACGCCUCCACCGCGUUGGGUUAAAGAGAACUGAGAACAUGACAAAUCUAGAGAACAUGCCAACAUUGGGGUCUUCCCAUCAACAAUCUGUUUCAAGCUCUCCUACUGCAAUUUCAAUAUCUGGUGCUACACAGAGCAAUCCGAGUAAUCCUAUUGCUAUUGAUGAUGAUCAACAAGAGACUGCAGAAGGUGGCCUGUUUGAGACGAAGAAAAGGAAAAAAACAUCUGUAGUUUGGUUGGAGUUCAAGGAUGUAAUGGGGAAAGAUGGAGUGAAGAGAGCAGAGUGCAUUCAUUGCAAGGCAAGGCUGGUUAUUAGUGGAGGCACUACCACUCAUUUCAAGAGGCAUCUAGAUGGAUGUACAAGAAGGAAAGUAAAUUUGAAAUCACAGAAGAUGCUGAACUUGAUUCCAUCUCCAGUGAACAAGGAAGGCAUUAGUCGUGCUACUGCUAAAAAUGAUUGUAUGGCUAUGUAUGAGAUGAUGAAAAUUAAGUUGAAGGCAACGUUGAAGAAUGUGAACAAAAUUAGCUUGACUACUGAUCUUUGGAGAUCAAAUCAACAAAUAGAGUAUAUGGUGGUUACUGGGCAUUUUGUUGAUGUCGAUUGGAAAUUACAGAAGCGGGUUCUUAGUUUUGUGAAUGUGCCUCCUCCACGUGGAGGUGUUGAUAUUGCUGAUGCUCUGUUUAAAUGCAUGAAUGAGUGGAGGAUUGAAAAUAAAAUCUACUCUAUUGCUGUUGAUAAUGCUUCUUAUAAUGAUGUUGCUAUUAGAACUUUGAAAACUACAUUAUCUAGAACUCAGAAGUUGUUGCUUGGAGGUCGGUUGUUCCAUGUUCGUUGUUGUGCACAUAUAUUAAAUCUUCUUGUGCAAGAUGGCCUUAGGGUUGUAGAAGAUAUCAUCCAUAAUGUUAGGGAGAGUGUUAAAUUUGUGAAACAAUCUGAUUCUCGGCUUCUCAAAUUUAGUGAGAUUGUUAAACAAUUGCAGUUGCCUUAUAGAAAGCUGAUUUUGGAUUGUCCCACACGUUGGAACUCCACAUUUGAGAUGUUAUCUAUUGCAUUGAAAUUCAAGGAUGCAUUCCCUCUUUUCAAUGAACUUUGA